CAAAAGUGAACUUUGAACUGGAAUUACUCUGAAAGUAAACAGUAAAAGUACUUGCUAUGUAUUUACAUACUACUUGUGUAUAAAGUACAAGAGGUAGCUACUGCAUCCAAAACAUAAGCUACUAAUAAAAAUGGUGGGUUUUAUACUACUUCAAAGAUGGACGAUUAACCUAAUUUUUGUUGUGAAAAGUGAACUUUGACCCUUGAUUACUCAGUAAAAGUACAUCAUCCUGCUUGUGUGCGAAGUACAAGAUGCACUGAGUCCAACUGAAGUGAAAUCACUGAGCUGAUGCUAUCGCUAUCGUAAAAACAUAAAGAACACACACACACACAUUGAGCAAAAUACACAAAAAAACUAUUACAUACUGAACAUCCUGCAAGAACUAAACCAAAGUUUGUUCAUCUUUACGUCAUAUUAAUUUGACAUUAUCCAAUUUACAAAUGACAGCAACUGUCGGCUCUUUCGAAUCCUUUUACUUUAUAUAUUUAUUUAUUUACAAAUAACACGAAAAAGGCAAUACAGGCGACAAUAUGACACCAUAAAAUACUGGAAAACAUCUGUCUUGACCUAGAAAAAUCUGAAUACAGUGUCUGAUAUUUGUCAUUUCCAAAGGCAGAAAUUUCCAUAUUUGAUUCAAGUGAUUGAUUUUCUACUGUUUCUGCAUGUUUCUUGCUGUCUUUAUGAAAACUCUUUUUCUGACCUAUUUAAUUCAAAAAUGAAACAGGCUGUAUAAUAUGGACUCACAAUGUCAAACUGGCAUUGACAUUAUUAGGUGAGUCAAAUAUGGUUUAUUAUUUUACCAUUCAUUAUUGCUGUAUCAGCCAUGAAUUACCUGUGAUAACACUGUGAUAAGCAUAUAUUCAAACAAGGAUAGCUGUGUCUGCAUUGUGCCACCAGUGCCACUAGAUAGCGCAGUUGCUUUGAGUAACAUCCCAGCAGUUAAUUCAUCUUUGCUGUGCACUCCUGUGAAACCUCUGUUGGCCCCCAAAUAAUAACACAUUUCAGUAAAAAAAAAUAAAAAAAUAAAGUGGUUUUAAUAUUGUUCAUAGAUAAUUUAAAAUACAUCACUGAUGUUAGGAUUAUGAUUAUUAUGCUAAUUAUUCUGCAGUGAAUACAGAAGAUUACAGGUAACACACUGGGUAACUAAUUAUUAUUUGUAUUGGAAUUUUGCUAACAAUUUGUUUACCUGUGACACAAUCAAAUAGAAACAGUUCAGUGUUUAAUUUCUAAUGGCAAACUGUUGUUUUUACUGUGUUAUUCACAGUAAUCGCUCACUCCCUCUUCAAAUGAUAUCAGUAUGAACUCAGUAUGACGGCUUUAGUUGAUUCUUUUGUCUAGUCAUUUACUUGAGUCUGGCAUUGUAAUCUACUCUAGUUCUGUUCAGGAUUGUACACAUUGGCUCACAUUGGUGCAUUUGAUUCCCUGCUGUUGUCAGAUUGUGGUCUGUAGACUGUAUGCCUGCUCAUGAGUUCAUUUCCCUGGUGUUUUGGCAAAAUAACAAGAAUGUCUUGUGUAAUUAAUGUUAUAAUAGAAAUGAGCUUAUGUUAUUAUAGUGUUGUUUUGUUUAUAUUAGUAAAUCAAUGUUUUCUAAAUUAUUGACUUCUUUCUGCUGUUGCUGCAGGUCUGAGACAUGAAAUCAUGUCAAGAGUCAUUCGCUGUCACCUCCAGAAAUCACUGAAGAGGAGGAUAUUGAGUUGAUUGGCUGCACAUCACUUCACACACAUGAUCAGACAGCAACACACACACACACACACGUACACACACACACCUUUAUGACAGGGGAUCCUGGACAUCUGCCCUAGUGCACACACACAUACACACACAGACGUGGUGACUGCGUCUCCACUAAUCUUUGAGAGGAAACACAAACUGUCCUGUGACCUGUUUUCACACACUCUUCACACACCCUCAUGCCUGUCAUAUAAACCUGUGGAUUUUCUCAACACACACAUUCAUGGCCAAGAAGAAGGGGCUUGUAACCAGAGGGUCGUCGUAUUUCGAAUCCAGAGACAGAUCAAGGGCUGAGGUGCCCCUGAGCAAAGUACUCAACCCCAUGGCUCCCCGGACUCAGAUGUUUGCUGCCCACCGCUCCUGCACCCGACCAUUCUCUGAACCAUAGUGAUGAUCGCGUGUGGAAAUCCUCGUCGACCAGAACUUCAUAAAACAAAUCCAGACCAGAUCAUCUGUCACCAACAACCACUCCAUGUUCAAAAUCUCCUUUCUUCUCCAUUCUGAUGCUCGGUUUGAACUUCAGCAGGCCGUCUUGACAAGUUUUAGAGAGCCUCGUCUUCACAAGCUGAAAGUCAUUUUCUCCUCAUCCACAGACAAGACAGCACUUUCAGUUGCCAUGAGAAGCUUUGUGGUGUUUUUCCUCGGCGCCAGCUUCGCCAUGUUCGGACUUGGCGUCUCGCUGCAGUGUUAUUCCUGCCCCGGUGGCUCCAGCAGCAGCUGUGAAGUCAAACAUGGCUGUAACCAAGGUGAAGACACCUGCCUCAAACUCACCAGUGAAGAGAAGACCUACACUGGGUGUAUGAGGUACGCAGACUGUGACUUCAUGACUCUGGCGGUCAAAUACUCCCUUCCCGACUUCACCUUUGACUGCUGUCAGUCAAACCUCUGCAACGGCCAAGAAAAAAGCUUUCUUGACAAAGUCAGGGAUUUUUUUGGUUAAGAAAUUGAAACAAAUCAAAACAAAACAACAGCAAUAAGCUGGUAAAAAUAAAUCCCUUCAUAUCAGUGUGUUGAUGCUCAUUUGUAGGUAGCACUCUGUUGAGCUGCUUAUCAUUUUGCAAACAACUAACAAUAAAGUUUUCAAAUCCUCA